AACCAAGAGGAAAUGAAAGAGGGACAACAACUGAAUCCAGAGCUCCCAAAUUCUACCCUCUGCUCCAGUACAUCUUCAGGGAGGAGAAAAGAAAAGAGUUCUUCACCCUGAGUCCCUGCCUCGCAUUCUGCUGGCAGCUUGCUUUCAUCUCCCUGUGAAAUCGCAUCCUAUGCUACCUUGGAACAUUAAUGAAAAAGGAGGCCUUCAGCUCAAGCAGGGCUUGAGCCUGGAGCAAGCAUGUCCCCACAGAACAGCACUGAUGCCCUGGCCUUCCUGCUCGUAGGCAUUCCUGGGCUGGCUGAUCUCCAGCGCUGGCUUUCCAUCCCUUUCUUUCUGAUGUAUCUCCUUGCACUUCUGGGAAACUGCACCAUCCUUCUGGUUGUAAGAACAUAUCCAAGGCUCCAUGAGCCCAUGUACUAUUUCCUCUCUAUGCUGGCCACCACAGACCUGGGUCUAACCCUGUCCACCUUGCCCACAAUGCCACAAGUGUUCUGGUUCAAUGCCAUGGAGAUCAGCUUCCCAGUCUGCCUCCUCCAGAUGUUCUGCAUCCAUGCCUUCUCCUUCAUGGAGUCCUCAGUGCUUCUGGCCAUGGCCUUUGAUCGCUACGUGGCCAUCUGCUACCCACUGAGAUAUUCCGCCAUCCUUACGCCUACAAGGAUUGCAACGGUUGCACUGGGGAUUGUCUGCCGAUGCACUCUCACUCUGCUCCCGUUAAUCUGCCUUCUUACACGCAUGUCAUUCUGCAGGUCCCAUGUGCUUUCUCACUCCUACUGCCUGCAUCAGGACAUAAUGCGGCUGGCAUGCACAGACACCACGUUGAACAGCCUGUAUGGCUUAACUCUAGUGCUGCUGAUAGUGAUCCUAGACCCAGUGCUUAUCACCGUGUCCUACAUCAUGAUCAUUAGGAGCGUGCUGGGCACUGCCUCCAGAGAGGAACGGGCCAAAGCCCUGAACACUUGCAUAUCUCACUUCUCUGCUGUCCUGAUCUUCUAUGUCCCCAUGGUCGGCCUGUCCAUUAUACACCGCUAUGGGAAGACUGCUGCACCCAUUAGCCGUGUUCUCAUGGCCAACAUCUACCUUUUCAUCCCACCUGUCUUGAACCCUAUCAUCUACAGUUUGCAAACCAAGCACAUUCGCAAAGGCGUCACCAGGCUCCUGUGUCAAAGGCUGGCCUGGCCUGGCCGUGGCCAGCAGCCCAGGAAUCUCUAAGAACUGGG